AUGAUGGCGUGCCACGCCCCGAAUCUGACGGCUCUCUGUCCGCGGCUGCGUGAGUGGGCGGAGGAGCGACAUCUCGCGGUCGCCAUACCAUCUCCACCGGACUGUAUCUCCGACUUCCCCGAGGAGCAUCAUUCCUCGCCAUCGCUGCAAGAGCAGCGCCGCCUACUGCUCGGCUCCCGUUGCGGCACUCCCCGUUUCCUCUUCCGCCCCGCUUCCGCCGCUUUCUCAACUUCCGCCGCUUCCGCCAGUUCUUCCCCGCACCCGUCCGCCACCGUCCGUUCCGCCACGUGCCAACCCGUGGCCUCAGCGCCAAUUUAUCACCUCCCAGCAGCGGCCCGUCCCGCUUCGCGCGAAACGACGGCGCGUUCGCCGUCCUGUCUCGACGGCGCAGUACCGUCUCCCACCGUGAAGUUCCCCAGAAGCUGCUCAGAUUCCGGCACCGGCCGCUUGAUGAAGCUGGCGCGAUGCGAUCUUCUCGGCUCGCGCUGCGGCACGCCGAGGCGCGCCACCGGAGCGGAUCCGCGGGCUUUUCACCACCGCGCGCGCAGCGUGACGUGGGACCUUCCGCGGGACGAGAUCCCCUUCUCGCACUCCAACCCCGUCCCCUCCCGCGGAUGUCUCCGCCUGCUGCGCGCGGACGUGCUGGGAUCGAAAUGCGGAACGCCCAAGUUCCGCGCACCCGCGGAGCCCGAAGCCAUCUGGAGCGUGUAA